CCACCAAGGAAGACUGACCACCUUUCGCACUCGCCAUGCCUCCAAAGUUCGAUCCCAAUGAGGUGAAGAUCAUCCACCUGAGAACCACAGGUGGUGAGGUCGGAGCCCAAUCCGCUCUAGCUCCCAAGAUUGGUCCUCUUGGUCUUUCUCCCAAGAAGAUUGGUGAAGAUAUCGCCAAGGCCACUGGUGACUGGAAAGGUCUCCGCGUCACCGUGAAGCUCACCAUCCAGAACCGUCAGGCCCAGAUCUCCGUCGUCCCGUCUGCUUCCUCCCUUGUCAUCAAGGCCCUCAAGGAACCCCCACGGGACCGCAAGAAGGAGAAGAACAUCAAGCACUCCAAGUCCAUUCCUCUUGAUGAUAUCAUUGAGAUUGCCCGCACAAUGAGAACUCGCAGCUUCGCCAAGGAGCUCAAGGGUACCGUCCUUGAGAUUUUGGGAACUGCCUUCUCCGUUGGUUGCCAGGUUGAUGGACGAAGCCCCAAGGAUGUCAGCGAUGAUAUCAAGGCCGGUGAAAUUGAUAUCCCAUCUGAGUAAACGGUGAAUUUACGAAUACAAAGAAAAGCUGUAAUUUUUUUUUUCUCUGUGCUGGUCCAACACUAAGAUAUUCUUAUGGGCGCAAUCAUUAUGGCUUAUGGCAUACGCGGCGCUCAAGGAAUAUUUUUGAUUGCCUUUUUUAUGUGGUUUACGAGGAAUGAGCUACCACAGAAAUGCAAUAUCUGACCUCCUCCAUUGAAACGGAUUUUCCGAUCUCGGCACAUC